ACAUCGGAGCUGGUGAAGUGGCCACUCGCAUUCAAACUGAUACCCACCUAGUCCAACAAGGGAUAUCGGAGAAGGUCGCUCUCGUGGGGUAACCGGCGCUGUAAUGAACAAAUUUGUUUCCAGAUAUGCGCAGGUGACGCUUCAGUAUGUCGCUGAGAGUGGUACCAUCGCCGAGGAAGUCAUUUCUCCCAUCCGAACGGCACAGGCUUUUAGUUCGCAAAAAGUGCUUGGUGCUCUCUUCGAUAAGAAGAUAGAUUUGAUUCGGACUACCAAUGUGAAGUCUGCCAUUUCGAAUGGAUCUGGUUUGGGAGUCUGCGUUUUCGUCAUUUAUGCUGCCCAUGCACUUGCUUUCGAUUUCGGCACUACCCUAGUGAACGAAGGUCAUGCCACUGCUGGUCAGGUCACUAAUGUCCUCAUGGCCAUCCUCCUUGGUUCUCUCUCUCUGGCCAUGAUGGCCCCAGAAGCACAAGCUUUAACUAAUGCCCAAGGGGCUGCAGCAAAAUUAUUUGCGACCAUCGAACGCGUACCCGACAUUGAUGCUGCCAGCCCGCACGGACUGAAGCCAGAAAAGGUCGUCGGUAAAUUAACUGUAGAGGACGUGCGAUUUAGCUAUCCCGCUCGACCCGACGUUCCGAUUCUCAAAAGUAUCGAUAUCACUUUCGAAGCUGGAAAAACAGCGGCACUCGUUGGGGCUUCCGGCUCUGGAAAGUCGACCAUUAUCUCACUUAUCGAGCGUCUCUACGACCCUCACAGAGGUACUGUCAAGCUCGACGGGGUGGAUAUCCGCGACCUGAACAUAAAAUGGCUCCGCUCACAGAUCGGCCUGGUUUCCCAAGAACCUGCGCUCUUCGCGACCACCAUUAGAGCUAACGUUGCUUACGGCCUCAUCGGCACUCCUUUCGAGCAUGCAUCAGAAGACAAAAAGUUCAAAAUGAUCAAGGACGCCUGUAUCAAGUCCAACGCCGAUGGCUUUAUCAGUAAAUUGCCCCAAGGCUACGAUACUAUGGUCGGCGAGCGUGGAUUUCUUCUUUCUGGUGGUCAGAAGCAACGCGUGGCGAUCGCGCGCGCAAUCGUUUCUGACCCACGAAUUCUUCUGCUUGAUGAGGCAACUAGCGCUCUCGAUACACGGUCGGAGGGUGGGCAUCCGCUGGACGAACGACUGAUUGCAAUCGCUCAUCGACUGUCGACGAUCAAGGGAGCCGACCAGAUCUUCGUCAUGGGAGAAGGUGUCGUCUUGGAACAAGGAACACACAAGGAACUCAUCGGCAGGAACGGAACGUAUACGCGCCUCGUUCAAGUUCAGAAACUCCGGGAAACCGAAGAAGCGCAAGGCGAUACGGACAUCGCAGUGGUCAGUAGCAUAGCGGACAAGGAAAAAUUCACUGAGGAUGAAGUUCCGCUCGACCACUGCGAUACACUUCAUUCGGUGACGUCAAACUUCGCGAAGAUCGAAGGGAGAGGAAAAGCCCAAGUUGACGAGAACUCAUAUGACCUAUUGUAUCUGUUCAGGCGCACUGGAAGUCUUAACCCGCAGGGUUAUCGUAUGUAUGUCAUCGGCGCAAUAGCUGCGAUGACGAGCGGUAUGGUUUUCCCGGUGUUUGCCAUCAUUUAUGGCAAGGCGAUUUCCGGGUUCUCCCUCCCUGACCCUUCUGAAAGGCGCCAUGACGGUAAUAUGAACGCUCUGUGGUUCUUCAUCAUCUCUAUCCUUUCGGCCGUAGUGAUUGCGGUUCAAAGCUACGUCUUUACUGUAGCUGCGUCCCAGUUGACAGCGAAACUCCGAACCAUCAGCUUCCAUGCUAUCCUUCGCCAAGAUAUCAAUGAUGAUCCACAAAAGAUCAACGGUUUAGCUGGAACUACCCUUGGAGCGUUCGUACCCAACCUUCAAUAUAUAACUAUCAUUCAAGCUGCUACGACCUUGAUUGGUGGUUCGGCGAUAGGUUUUGUCUACGCAUGGAAGCCCGCUGUUGUUGGAAUAGCUUGCAUUCCUCUUGUCUUCUUUGCAGGUUACAUUCGACUUAUGGCGUGCGAGGCCGCCGGUGCCAUUCGUACUGUUGCCUCGCUUACCCUCUGGAGGAAGCCUCUCAGGAAUUCAAACAGGAGUGGGAUCUGGAGCAAUCUGAUCUACGCAUUUUCUCAGUCCUCUACGUUCUGGGUGGUCGCCCUCGUCUUCUGGUACGGAUCCAAGCUUAUCUCCACUUUGGAAGUAUCAACUUCCGAUUUCUUCACCGCUCUCAUGGGUGUCACCUUCGCAGCUCUACAGGCUGGCAUUGUCUUUAUGUUCGUACCCGACGUGUCAUCAGCUCUUGUCAAAUUACUAGACUCUACCCCUGAGAUCGACGCCGAAACUCCUGAAGGGAAGACAUUCAAGGGAAGAAUCGUUGAGGGUCAGAUUCGCUUGGCAGACGUCCAUUUCCUCCUUCGUGGCCUGAACCUAACGAUUGCAGCAGGUACCUACGUGGCGUUGGUUGGUGCGAGCGGCUUGCGCAUUCAAUUGAUCGAGCUCGGUCAGGUCCUUCUUGAUGGUCAACCUAUCAACGACUUCAACAUCCAAGAGUAUAGGAAACAGAUUGCACUGGUUUCGCAGGAACCUACACUUUAUGCUGGUACUAUUCGCUUUAACAUCUUGCUUGGUGCGACCAAGCCGAUUUCCGAAGUUACCCAAGAGGAGACUAGAGGCUUCAUUGCCAAAGUAAGGAGCUGCCUCGACGUUCCCCCUUCCAUUUUGAUUUUUUUGUUCCUUAGCGGCUUCGAAACUGAAGUGGGUAGCAAGGGUUCACAGCUUUCGGGCGGUCAGAAGCGUGAGCGAGAUUCCCCUAUCCUAUAUUAG